UUCUGCUCCCCAAGCCAUCUCCUCCGCAGGCAGGCAGGCAAGGGCUGUCCGAGGCUCUGAGCUCGCCUUUUCCGAGGCUCCAGGCGGUGCUCUGUGCUGGCCUGCUGCCCCAGGGAUCCGCGGCCAGAGGCGGGUGUCGCGCUCCGCGAACAAGACCUCGGAAGGUCGGGACAGCUGCAGAUCUCCGCAUGCAUGCAGGAGCCUUUCAGAUUGCCCAUGGCAAGGCAGGAGGAGAGCUCAGAGACACACUAGGGUCACCUACCCAUGGAAGCAAUCAGCAGAGGGGCCUGCCCGCGGUGAGCAGAGCCGGGAGGAAUCUGGACUCGCCAGGCCUGGAGAUGGCGGGGAACUGUUCCUGGGAGGCCCAUCCUGGCAGCCGGAGCAAGAUGUGUCCCGACGUGAGUGAGGCCCCCGAGCUCUACAGCCGUGGCUUCCUGACCAUUGAGCAGAUCACCAUGCUGCCACCGCCCGCCGUCAUGAACUACAUCUUCCUGCUCCUCUGUCUGUGCGGCCUGGUGGGCAACGGGCUGGUCCUCUGGUUUUUCGGCUUCUCCAUCAAGAGGAGCCCCUUCUCUGUCUACUUCCUGCACCUGGCCGGCGCCGACAUCGGCUACCUCUUCAGCAAGGCUGUGUUCUCCAUCCUGAACACGGGCGGCUUCCUGGGCACAUUUGCUGACUACGUCCGCGCCGUGUCCAGGAUCGUGGGACUCUGCACGUUUGUUGCCGGCGUGAGCCUCCUGCCCGCCGUCAGCUCGGAGCGCUGCCUGUCGGUCAUCUGCCCCGUCUGGUACUGGCGCCGUCGGCCCAAGCGCCUGUCGGCCGUGGUGUGCGCCCUGCUCUGGACCUUGUCGCUCCUGGUCACCAGCAUCCACAACUACUUCUGUGUAUUCCUGGCCCACCGGGCCUCUGGCGGGGCCUGCAGGCCCAUGGACGCCUUCCUGGGCAUCCUGCUUUUCCUUAUCUUCUGCCCACUCAUGGUGCUGCCCUGCCUGGUGCUCAUCCUGCACGUGGAAUGCCGGGCCCGGCGGCGCCAGCGCUCUGCCAAGCUCAACCACGUCAUCCUGGCCAUGGUCUCUGUUUUCCUCGUGUCCUCCAUCUACUUAGGGAUCGACUGGUUCCUCUUUUGGGUCUUCCAGAUCCCAGCCCCCUUCCCUGAGUACGUCACCGACCUAUGCAUCUGCAUCCACAGCAGCGCCAAGCCCGUCGUCUACUUCCUGGCCGGAAGGGACAAGUCACAGCGGCUGUGGGAGCCUCUCAGGGUGGUCUUCCAGCGGGCCCUGCGAGACGGCGCCGAGCUGGGGGAGGCCGGGAGCGGCACACCCAACACGGUCACCAUGGAGAUGCAGUGCCCCUCGGGGAACGCCUCCUGAGUGGCCAGCACCUGGAGGGUGGCAGGGGCCGUGGCCUCCACAGACCCUCUGCUGCUGGACAGGAGCUGGGCAGCUGCCCCGGUGCCCAAGUGCAAGGAGGAAAGUCUGCUUCCCGCCCCUCACGCCUCCUUCUCCGUGGGCUGGAGGCUCUAGGAGUGGCCGGCCGGGAGACGGAGCAGCCACCUACACACAGGCCCCCUGGCCCGGCCAGGCUCCCCCAGCCAUUCUCCUCUGUGGCCAGAGGUCCAUGGUUCGGAAGUGGCCCCAGGGGGUGGGGUUCCUCCUCCUCCCAGGCUGGUCAAAAGGAGAGGAGGGAGGGAUCACCCAACCCCGUCCAUCUCCUGCCCCUUUCAAUCAGCCCUCCUUGAAAAUGACGCAGCCAGCACCACCGCCCCUUGGGGCAGCAGCUUCACCCCCAUCAGGGUACCUGUUCUCUCCGUUCCACCCCCUCGAGGCAGUAUUGGCGAGCCAACCUGAACACAUCGGUGCUAUCUGGAAGAGGGUUCUGGCUAACCUGCCUUGUUGUUCCGUCUUUCUGCACCCAACGUCCCUGCCCAAAUCCUUUGGUGAUUUUAACGGGGGAGUUUACGGUCAUGGCAAGCAGCUGGACAGGAAGGGGCCGCGGCCAGCUGGAGCGGGUCACUCUCUUCUCUGACUCCGUGCCGGCCAGCCCCUGGGCAGCCUCCCGGAGCACAGAGUGUGCUCGCGCUGCUGUGCGCCUGGUCCUCGAAACUUGGCCCACUGUCCAGGAGUCUCUGGGCUCCAGCCCCCACCCGAGAGUGGGCAUGGCUCUACCUGGCCACCCCAGCCCACCUCCAAGCACAGUGGCCCCGUGUAGCCAAUGCAAGUUUUAUGAAAGACAAUAAAUGUGUAUCAAUAAACGUUUUAUAUCGUGCACUGAGCAAGGCUUCCUGCCUUCUGUCCUGUCUGCACCUGCUCCACAGUGAGGCGCCCUGCAGCGACGAGCAGCCCAGAUGGCAGGCUUCCCAUGCUAUGCCCCACCCACCCAAUCUGCUCUGUACCCCAGCAUUUGUGAUCCUCUCCUGGCUGAUCCGGGCUGAUCCAUCUACACCUCUGGGGUGCUCCCUCUCCCGGCUGGUCCGUCUAUACCUCUGCAGUGUUCCCUCUCCUCAUAGGGUAUCCACCCCUCCGCCUCAUGGAGCUCUGCUCAGCCAUGUUGUCCUGUUGGAUAAGCCUAUGCCCUUUCUCACCCAUUCAGGGCCCCCAGCUCCCCUUGGAAACAGUUUUCAUCCUGCCUACUAAGAGCUGGGCCUUAUGCUGGUUAAUACAGGUCCUGCUGUAAGGAACACAGUGUGUCCACACAGAGGCCCCCUGGGUGGGACUGCUGCUUCUCCUACUGCUACCUGUCCAGGAUGCCCCUCUCUGAGGCAGGGGCAGGGGCUGGCUUCCCUAAGCCUGGCACCUCCCCAUUGCCCAGCAAUAGGCUGGAGGCCCUCUGGAGACAGCUCAACUAGGGCCGGGCCAGAGGCUCCCUGACUGCCCCCCUGCCUCCAGCCAGUCCCUGAAGAGGCCCGUCUUGGGUUCCAGGUAUCCGGCCUGGGAUCCCAGCCCCGCUGCGGGGAAGCUCUGGGGGAGCCUGCUCACUACAUGGGCCCAAGGAGAGAACAGGGCAGAGGCACCCGUGGCCCAGGCAGGGAGCAGGCCCCUGUCUGCAGAAAGCAGUGAGAGGGGAGGGAGAGGCCUGGGAGUGGGCAGGUGGCUAACGGAACCAACUGCUAGCCCAUCCAGGGAGCGGCGGUACCUCCAGGCUCUCCUGCUGGCCCGCCUGGCAGCUGGCACUCCACCCAUAGACCCUGGACUUGCUCUGCCUUAGCCUGGUCAUCCCAGAGCAAGGGCUGCAGGACCACCCUGGUGUGGGCUGCCCCCCGGUGCAUUUCUUGGUGACCAGUCCCCCAGGUGGCCGGACUAGUCCCUCCUGGCCUCCCCAGGCCUCUGCUCCUGUCCUCCCCUUUUCAACAGUCCCAGCUGCUCCUCCAUCAAGGUCACUGCUCUGCAGAGAGGACCCCAGGUGUCUGGAGGCAGAGGAGUUUCAGAUGGCGGAGGUCAGUGCGCCUGCCUCUCCCACUCCCAGCCCUGGGGUGCA